CUAAAUUUCAGAACUUCCCAACCCACCAGCUAGUCUCUCUGUAAUUCUGAACUUAAUUAGUUAUCAAUGGCAGGCAUAAUGGAAUGCACUCAACGAUUGCUUUCAGUCAUAUUGACUGUACUAGUUAUAAUAGCAGGAGUUACAAAUUAUGGCGGCGCGUUGGCUCAAUCUUCAGAGUGUUCAACUUCUCUGCAAACAUUGUUUCCCUGCAUGGGAUAUGUGGCAACUAAUGUUUCGAGCUCACCUCCAUCACAGGGCUGCUGCACUGCCUUAGCUUCUGUAAUGCAGGGCAACAAAGCAUGUUUGUGCCAACUUUUCACCACCAACAAUCCGCUGGGUAUGCCCAUUGAUCAAACAAAUGCUAUGUCUAUGCCAGGCGCUUGCAAUAUCCCCACUCCACUCCCUCAAUGCAAUGUUGCAGGGGAUCUAGCUCCUUCUCCAUCUACAGAGGUUCCAACUUCUUCUCCACCUAUAGAUUCCAGUGCACCAACAACAACAGAAACUGCUCCUUCUUAUUCCCCUGCAGUGUCUCCCUCAUCUAAUUCACCAUCACUUCCUCCCACACCUUCUAUAAGAGGUAUUUCACCAACAGCCAGCAAGAAGCCAACUUCACCACCAUUACAUUCUCCCAUAACUUCUGUAAGAGGUGUUUCACCAAGAGCCAGCGAGAAGAGAACAUCUAUGGCAGGAGCUCUUUUUACACCAUCCAUGAUUACCAGUGCUUUGGCGGUGACAAUGGUAGUGAUCAGUAUUUUGUGAACAUAUUUCUUCUAUAUUUGUGGAGUGCAAGGAAGUCUUUC